GCAGUGGGAAACAACCACACACACCGCUGGGCGACACUUCAAGUGGCCUAUUAGGGUUUUAUUGGGAGGGACGGAACUUCAGGAACAAUUUGCUACGUCCCUCGUCAUCCUACUCGUCUCACAUGGAUUUCUCCGAGGAGGAGUAAAAAGAGACCGUGAGCACUCGGUUCUCACGUCGCUGCAUGUGAAUGGAUUGCGGACCGGUGAGGAGUCAGUGUUGUUUUUGAGUUUAAAGACUGGAGAGUGUCUGGGCAGCUGUUUGGGUCAGAUGGUGGUGUUGUAAAAGCGGGCAAGAAGAGGGAGAAAGUCUCGGGUAAACGAUGCACUGGAUGAGAAGUGGAAAUCCUUCAUCGUUUCCAGCUUGAUUAUGGGUUUGAAAUACGGGGCAUUCUGUGGUGUGUGCUCGGUGUGUGUCGUCCCGUGAAACAGCGGAAGACGGAGAGUGGCUUUGGUUAUGCUCGCCACACUUUGCCAAGUGCCCGCGGUGUCAUCUCUGCGCCUGUGAGGAGGAACCAUGGCUCUGCUGGUCGUCCCGCUGCUUCUGCAAACAGGGCUCGUUCUGGGAUCAAACUACGGUUAUGUGGAGUGGUCUGAUAAUGACAGAGACGACAAGAACCCGCCAGUCUUCAGCACCCAAAACAUCAACAGGGAGCCGCCCCACCACCCGACCUACUACUCGCUUCCAUCCACCGAGCGCACGGUGGUGGCGCACAAAAUUGAGGAGGACCUGCCGAGGGUGGUGACGGCUUUCCUGCACACCGGGGACUCCUCGGCGCUGAGGCAGGUGAACUGUUCGCGCAGGUACGAGCUGAGCAGCCUGCGAGGCGGCCUGCACGUCGCCUCCCACUACUCCCUGCACAGCAUCCUGGACACUGUAGCGCACGCAACAAACUUCCUGAACAUGAUCCUGCAGGCCAACAGGUCCCGGGAGCAAACCCUGCGCAGGGACAUCCACUGGUACCACGCGCUGGUGCAGAGCAUCCUCGAGGGGGACCCCAAAAUCCACAGGGCUGUGGUGACCUUCCACGCGGACGCGCCAACGCCGGGGCCCCACGUUUUCCUCCAGGCUACGAGAACCGAGAAGGAGGUGGUGCUGCAGGACCUGUCCAGCACUGUGCACCGUCACCUGGGGAGCAGGGGCCCGGAGUCGGACUGGUUUAAUGAGUUUAGGGACGGGAGGAGACCACACUCGCACAGGAGAGUCCCGGAGGCACGGGGCACCAAGAGUGGAAGUUACCUUCUGGACAAAAACCAGAUCAAGUGGUCGGCACCGUACCUGGAGUGUGAGCACGGGGCGUUUGUGCCCUAUUGGCUGCUCACCUUGUCUGCUGGCUUCUAUGGACUGAAGCGCAACUCUGCACCAGAGUUCAGGGGUGUUGUUCGUGUGGACGUGAACCUGCAGGAUGUGGACAUUGACCAGUGCUCCAGCAGCGGCUGGUUCGCUGGGACUCACCGCUGUAAUCUCACCAGUAUGGAAUGCACUCCCAUCGUUGGCCAUGGAUUUGUGUUGGACAAAUACAAGUGCCAGUGCAGGAGAGGAUUCUACCAUCCGCGCAGAGUGGCACUCAAUGGCUUUAAAAGUAAGGAGCAGGGCUCUCACAGAGACGACACCUCUGACGUGUCGAGCAAGUGCCUGCCGUGCCGCGAGGGCUGCCCCUACUGCCGCGACGACACACCCUGUCUGGUGCAGGAGGACGGCGUUCUGCGGCUCGCCGUGGCGUCCUUCCAGGGUCUGUGUAUGGUGCUGGACCUGGCCAGCAUGUUGGUGGUCUACCACUUCAGGAGGAACAAGAGCAUCCGCACAUCUGGUCUCAUCCUGCUGGAAGCCAUCUUGUUUGGGGCUUUACUGCUCUACUUCCCAGUGAUGAUCCUCUACUUCCACCCCAGUGUGUUUCGAUGCAUCCUCCUGAGGUGGGUUCGCCUCCUGGGUUUCGCCAUCAUGUACGGCACCGUCAUCCUCAAACUAUACAGGGUGUUAAAGGUGUUCCUGUCCCGCACGGCCCAGAGGACGCCUUACAUGACCAGCUGGCGUGUCGUGCGGCUGCUGGGGGUAAUUCUGCUGGUGGUGCUGUGGUUCCUGGUGGCCUGGACGUCCGCCGUGUGCCAGAACCCUGAGCUGAGUCGGGCCCUGAUCGCUGUAGGCCUCACCCCAGAGGGACUACAGUUCAGCAUGUGUCUGCUGGACCGAUGGGACUACAUGAUGGCUGUCGCGGAGUUUCUGUUCCUGCUGUGGGGCGUGUACCUCUGCUACGCCGUCCGCACUGUGCCCUCGGCUUUCCACGAGCCACGUUACAUGGCUGUGGCCAUCUACAAUGAGCUCCUCAUAUCGGCCAUUUUCCACAUCAUCAGGUUUUCUCUGGUGCCGGGACUUCACCCUGACUGGAUGCUCAUGUUGUUCUUUGCUCACACUCAUCUGACUGUGACUGUGACUCUGGGCCUGCUGCUUGUUCCAAAGUUCCUGUCCAAAGGGACCCAGGCCAGGGAUGAUAUUGCCACGGAGGCCUAUGAGGAGGAGCUGGACAUGGGAAGAUCUGGCUCUUACCUCAACAACAGCAUCACCUCGGCCUGGAGCGAGCACAGCCUGGACCCUGAGGACAUACGGGAUGAGUUGAAGAAGCUGUACGCCCAGCUGGAAGUCUACAAGCGUAAGAAGAUGCUCGCCAAUAACCCUCAUCUCCAAAAGAAGCGCAACUCCAAGAAAGGCCUGGGCCGCUCCCUGAUGAAACGAAUAACAGAGAUCCCCGAGACGAUGCACAUACACCGCCAGUGCAGUCGUGAGGACGGCAGCGAACACGGCAGCAACCGCAGCACCUUGAAGAGGAACCCGUUUGAACCGAGUCAUCAGGGCAAACCACGGGAUGACUCCCUGAAGAACAAGGUCAUAGGUUUGAAGAAGUCCCUCAGCUAUGACCAUGUUUGUGACCAGGAUGAGGAAACAGGAAGCCAAACCGGCUCGACCGCAGGAGACAAAAUGACUCCUGUUGGAGGCGGCGGAGAAGGAUCUCUGCUGGGUUCCCUCAUCGGCCGGAGACAUGCCAAGAAGCAGCUAGAACCGGCCGCCACCCCGCCGAGACUGGAGCCAGCCGAGUCCACCGAGUCUGUUCCCCUGUUCUGGAAAUCAGCCAGCGCUCAUAACUUAACACACGAGAAGAAACCCGUCCACCUGCGGACCUCCAUCAUGCAGAAGUCUCUGAGUGUGAUCGCCAGCGCCAAGGAGAAGAUGCCGGGCCUUACCAGCAAGACGCAGAGCGUGGAGGACGCCAGUAAGAAGGGUCUGAAGGGACAGGAGGGGAGGAUGCUGUCCGAGGUGGAUGAGACACCUGAGCAUUAUCCAAAAAUGAUUAUCAGCCAGUCAGUGGAGUACUCCAAGACUCCAAUGAAGAUGGGCAUCAUGAAACAACAGGUGAGUGGCAGCCAGCCGUCGAUUUGCUCUGAGACGGGGAAGAACCUUUACGACGUGUCUGAGGUUUGUCCCUGGGAACUGGAAGAACCUCAGACGCCCUCCGAAGGCAAAACCCAGAAACAUGUUUCCAUCGCUCCUGGAGAAACCACCGGCAGCCGGAGAGGCAGCAGCAGCUCUGGAAUCACCAAAGGUAGCCGGUCCCAGCAGAGGCAGAAAACAGGGCAGUCCCCUUCCAACAGACGCCGCUCCAAAGAUAAAGGCGGAGAAAGAGAGGAAGGCAGGGAAACGCGGAAAUCUCGGCCACCCAGGUCACCUCUGCCUCUCAAGCCGGAUGUGUGCCCCUGGGAAUUUGAUGAGCAGCCCAUGCUGGGAGGAGAUUCAGAUUCCCUCUCCCCAGACAGGAUCAGGCGUAAGAAAAGCGUCACACCCACUGAUGGGAAACCCAAGGGGCUCCACUCAGACCACUCCAAGUCCACAGGGAGCCUUUUACAGCCUCCCUCCCUGAUGGUGGAGAUCUGCCCCUGGGAUUACACCAGCCCACCUUCACCUAAACAGGAGAAGACCUGCAACAGCCCCACCACGCACAAGAAGAAACGGAAAGGCUCCUGCUCGUCCAACCACAAAGCGGAGAAGGAGAAAGGGCGGGAGAAAAGCAGAGAGAGGCGGAGCUCCUCCAGCAAGCCGCCGUCAGAGAGGAGACGGGUCAGCCAGUCGUCGGAGUGCAGCGGGCCGGCUUGUGAGCGGCGGAGGAGCUCCACCAGAGACCCAGAGGUGAUGGAGAUUAGGAGGCAGGAGGUUUACUCCCAGGAGACGGAGCCCUCUCACACCAGCUUUGCUCAGAAAACUAAACUCUCACCGGAGAGGAAGAGAGAGAGCUCUUUGAGUAGUAGUUACAAACCCGCAGUCAUCAGUGGGUCAAAAAUGGUCGACGUUUGCCCGUGGGACUUUGAGGAGAAAGACUCUGGUGAGAGGGCAUGAUAACUGGUGCAACAACUUUUUUUUUGUAUUCACAAACCGACAGCACAGAGGACAGAGCAAAGAAACCCAAACGAUAAAGAUCCAACAUUGUAUUUGAUAUGAAAGCUUUUUCUCUGAGUCACCUUAUUGUGAAAGAUUUCAUGAGGUAAAGAAAACGUAUCCUGCUGUCCAUCGAUGCAAUCCAAACACGACCUUCUCGUUGUUACAUUGCAGUGAAUGCAACCUUGAAGUCACUUGAAAGGAAGUUUUAGUCUGCACUUUUGCUUGCCCAUUUGUCAGUUACAUUGUACGUAUGUUUUAUCACACGGAUUACAUCAAGGUGAUUUGUAAAUGAAUCAUAUUUACCAGCAGAUCAGACAAUCAUUUGUCCACAAACACAGUAAAUGCUUCACCUAAUGAGCUUAUUGAACAGUGGUGUGUGUUUCCCCCGUAACGCUGAUGAUGCUCUGCGUUACGCAGGAAGCCAGCAGAUACUUAAUGUAUCAGAUGCUGACAACAAAAAAAGGCAGGGAAAAAGACCUAAGGAAAAGUAGUGUGUUAGCUUAGAGAAGCAGGACCAAAGCCCCAGACACGGCUGCGAUGCCUUACCUUUAGGCCAAAUCCAUAAUUCAUGGCAUGAAGAUGAUCUGUUUGAUUAGAGGAAUGUGGGAUUUCAGUACAGCUAAAUGCAGAAAACUGUACGUUUCAGUAAAGGUUCUCCAUAUACAGUAUGUAUUUUUCUAAAAAAAAAAAGAAAAAAAAAGUCAUUGCAUGUGGCAAACUGCUGUAUCAAGCAUCCAAUAACUAAAUGUUUAUUGGUUAAUUUGUACUCAAAUAUGACAGUGGAACGUUUUGAUGUUGUUGCCUAUGGUAUUUGUCUCCUUAUGUACCACAUGAUGCUUCUGAGAUGAUGUGCAUUGCUAUCAAUAAUGUACACACAUAUUUCAAAUGGCUUGCUGUUACAGUUGAGCAGUACUAAAAUACCCAUGAGGCUCUCCCUUCUGUUGACAUUUAUUUACCGUUUGCUCAAUAGUUGGACGUCCCAUCUGAAAAUGAAAAAACAAAGACAAGAGAAAAAGAGACACACUCUUGUAUCACAGGCUGCAGUUUUACACACAUUGAAAAUGUGAAGUCUUUCAAGGACCAAAACCAAGCCUGACUAGGCUGGAUGAUGUGAAUAAUGCAUAUUUUUUCUAUGACUUAGUUUCCCAUCUUACAUCUGCUUGAAUGCACCUUCCUCCAAAUGUUUGCACAUAUUCAACUGCUAAAUCCACGACUAUGCAUGACCAAAGCUUUUCUUUUGCCACUCUCUCGCAGACAGAAAAUGAAGCAAUUUGACAUUUAACACAUCAUCUCCAACAACAACAACAACAACAGCAACAGCAACAGUCAGCCUUUCUGUCCUGUGAUCUGCCACCCACCAGUGACACCCAGUGCAAUGCAGUCACACACGGUCGUCAGUUCAGCUUCAUUACAGCUGUGUAUGCAUGACAGUGAAAACACACGGGGCCAUGAUACACUUAAAUUCACCAGAAGGCAUUAAAAAAACAUUGCAUAUACUAUGAAAUACUUAAAGAGGACUUAAGAGCACAUGGGAUUUUUCAAAUAUAGAUGUCAGAUGUUGUCGUGUAUUUAUCAGGCGUUUUAGGGAAGAACUUCCUGUGUAAGAUCAAGACAUGUUUUGCGUGUUCUCAUCAGGCUUUCAGGAGCAGCGUCUCUAACGUGAAAGGCCUGAUAAAUAAACAUGACCCCACCAAUUGAACUUUCACAAGCUUUUUUUUCUAUCAGAUGGUUUUAAAGGCUGUUUGAAAAGAAAUGUUGCAACUUGCCCACUAAAUGUAUUUUAUGCUUGUUAUACCGUAAAGUGUUGCUCCGAAAAGUUACAAACUGUUGUAGCAUCCACAUGGGAGUAUUUAUAUUGUACAUUCAUAUUGUGUUGCAUGUACAUACGGUAAAUACCCUGUUCUCAACUCUGAAUUAAAUAUUUCUAUGAAACCCCA